AUGCAGCUUAACUAUACAGUCAGUUUUACAACAGGUGAAAAGUUAGAAAUCAGAGGGGAUUUAAGGAUUGUGAUACAUACUGAAACUAAACAAUCGUCACAGCUAAUAUAUUCAAUGAGCAUGGAAAGUGUUGAAUGGGCACCUGCCUAUGCUCCCUUUUUGGGAUUUGCAGGCUGUUCGGCAGCAGUCGUCUUGUCAUUUCUAGGUGCAGCCAUCGGUACCGCGAAGUCUGGUAUUGGUAUUGCGGGUAUUGGUACUUUUAAACCAGAACUCAUUAUGAAGUCUUUGAUACCUGUGGUUAUGAGUGGUAUUUUGGCUAUUUAUGGUCUCGUUGUUGGAGUUCUGAUUUCCGGAAGCAUAUCGCCAACAGAAGACUACACUUUAUUUAAUGGCGUGAUGCAUUUGAGUUGCGGUUUAUCAGUUGGUUUUGCAUGUUUGAGUAGUGGUUAUGCUAUUGGUAUCGUUGGAGAUGUCGGUGUUAGAAAAUUCAUGCAUCAGGCAAGGCUUUUUGUUGGUAUUGUGUUAAUUCUCAUCUUCUCGGAAGUUCUUGGUCUUUAUGGGAUGAUUGUUGCACUACUAUUAAAUACUAAAGGUUCAGAAAAAUGA